ACAUGAAAAUCCUAGCUCUGACCUAGGUUCAAUUAUUGGGCAGGGAAUUCUUCUUUAUUUUUUGUUUAAAACUAGAGAUCUAAUUAACAAGGCCAGAUAUUCCAAAGAAAGAUGCAUCGCUAUCUGCAUUUUGAGGCCAAACAGUGAGGGAAAGGACGUGUCUUCCUACAUGUGUUGUUACUUCUCAAGAAUAAGAUUUCAAAAAGAAAUGUCAAAAAAGGGUUAUGUCUUGGUAUGUAGGCCUCUUGUCACAUUUGCUUGCUUACACAAACGCAUCACUAUACCAUUUCCUCCAUUCAGCAUGAGCAUCAUUUUCUUUAUUCUUGAAUUGCCACCACUAAGUGCUCUAUUUAGACGCAAGUUCCUCUCGCCAAUAACCACCCAUUGUUGCUCAAAACAUGGAACUCCUGAUUCCAGUAGCUGCAGAUUCCUUUCUCCAAGAUGAGUCCAGCUAUGACAAGGGUAAGGCAGUGAAGGCAUUUGAUGAAACAAAGGCAGGUGUUAAGGGACUAGUAGACUCUGGAGUAACAAAAAUCCCCAGGUUUUUUAUCCACCCACCAGAGGAUGUUGAAAAGUCAUCAUCCGACAGUAUCCAUCUGGGACUUCAGGUUCCAGUUAUAAACUUCGAGCACUUUGAAAGUUGCCGACGAUCAGAGGUGGUCAAUGAGAUUCGCAAAGCGUCAGAAAUAUGGGGAUUCUUUCAAAUGGUUAACCACGGGAUUCCCGUUAGUGUCUUGGAUGAUAUGUUAGCUGGUGUGAGACGAUUCCACGAGCAACACCGAGAUGUGAAGAUGGAGUUUUAUUCACGUGACCGUAAGCAGCCAGUGAGGUUCUUCUGCAAUGGCGAUCUCCUUGUCAACAGAGCACCAGCAAAUUGGAGGGAUACAAUAGCAUUUGAUUUCCAAGAUGGUAAACUGGACCCUGAACUCUUUCCUGAAACUUUCAGAGAAGAAGUCAGUCAAUACAUCAGACACAUGAUCCAAAUGAAGAAGACACUAUCUGAACUAAUAUCAGAGGCACUCGGACUUCCUAGCGAUUACCUCUCAAGCUUAGAAUGCAUGGAAACUGAAUCGUUAGUGUGCCACUAUUAUCCGGCUUGUCCCGAGCCAGACCUGACGUUGGGUGCCACCAAGCAUAGAGACCCAUCUUUAAUGACUGUUCUCCUGCAAGACAACACGGGUGGCCUCCAAGUUCGCAACCAAACUCAAUGGGUCGAUGUCCCUCCUUUACAGGGAGCUCUAGUAGUAAAUAUUGGGGACUUCAUGCAGCUGAUCACCAAUGACAAGUUCAAGAGUGUGGAGCAUAGGGUUCUUGUUGGGCAGGAGGGAUCCCGAACAUCAGUAGCAUGCUUUUUCUAUCCAAGCACAGCAAAUAAAUUUAAACCUUAUGGAGCAAUAAAGGAGCUUGUGUCUGAUGACAAUGUGCCCAUGUACAGGGAAACUCAUAUUGCUGAGUUCCUGGCUUUCUUCAGGUCCAAAGGAUUAGAUGGUACUCCAACCCUUUGUCAUUUCAAACUGGCAUGAAUGACCCCAUGCCUGUUGCCUCACAAAUUUGCUCAAACUUAAGUCCAUCUUUUUUGUAAUAACCAAUCGAAUUAAUUUCCAUGAAGAUUAUCUCCAAUAUCUUCUUUUAUUUUCA